AUGAAGUUCACCACCACCCUCCUUGUCCUCAGCGUCGCUGCUCUCACCAACGCACGCGUCCUUUACGUCCGCCAGGCCAACUCGCAGCCCUUCACUGGCGCUCUUGGUGGCGUAGCAGCCACACCUAUUCUCGACUCUGGCGAUGCGACGCGCCCUUUCAGCGUCAAGGGCGACACCUUUGUCAACCUUGCGGCUGCCGUGCAGCGAUCCUGCGACCAGCAGUUCAACGGUUGCGCAAACUUGGCAAACGGCGGACAAGGCGAUAUUUCCACGGAUGAUUGCCAGGCACAGAAGCGUGAGUAA